CCAGUGAGGACUAUGCCCAUGGGAUGACGUUGCAAUAGUGAGGAGUCGGAGUAAUCCUCGGGUCUUGGCUUGGGACGAUAUAGGUAAAGGAUGUUGGUACAAAGGAGGUCGGUUUCUAAGUUGGUUGCUCAUAGGUAUUGUAUUCUACUCCCUAUAAAACAGUGGGAUCACUCUCCUGGAAGGGCCAAGAGAACUAGGAAACUCAGUUUCUUGAAAUUUGAACGAAUUAUCCACCGUUGGCAAAGACUCGUACCACAUCACCCGCAAUGAAGUGCCUUACUCUCGUCGUCGCUCUCGCCUUGGCCUGCAUGUCGAUGGCAACGCCCGUCGAGAAACGUGAAGUUGGCGGCAUUCUCAUCUGCAACGGCCCCGAAGCCACCGGCAAUUGCACGUACAGUGUCUACGAAAUGGACAGGUGCUACAACAUGACAGACCAGUUUUACCAGGACGCCGCCACGUUUGCCCCGGAUGGAGAAGCGUUCUACUGUUACCCCUACAUCAUGCCAUGCGGUGGUAUCUGUACCUCCCCGACCGGAUGCACGUUUGGAGCUGUGAGCUUCGACUACGUGAACAAGUAUAACCUCAGUGAGAUCGGCUGGGAUCACUACAUCGCGUCAUUUGAGUGCCAUCUCAACACGACUGACAGCGGCGUUGUUAAUGGUUAAGGAGAAGUCGUGGGGCUUUUAUUCAAUUAUUGCAUGUUUGGAGGAUGGAGCUCGGAGUUUUCUAGGCAUCUUUCGGCGGCAGACCCCUCACUGCCAUGACGCCAACUCUCGGCAAUGGGCAUGGCGGGGUCAGAAUCAAUUGACAAACAAACGGGAAAGGAGGGGGGCAUCACAA